AUGAUGGCGUCGGAGGACGCGCCACUACACUUUCAAGAUGCCAAGUCGACUCCGAUGCUGUGGCACGUCUUCCACCGUCGGUCACGGACAAAUCGGAUUAAAACAAUUGGCUUGUCAGUGAUUGCAUUGUUCUUCUUCUUUCUUAUGCUAAAGUCUUCUUCCACGCGAGUUGAACCGGACUUUUGGACCAAGUUCCCGUCUCGCCAUCCUUUCCCCCAGCGCCCGGAAGACGCUCAGGUCCUCCUUCCUCCCCGGGCCGACAUUAAUGUCAAUGAUACCCUCCCCCAUGACCUGGACAAGCCCAACCCGCGCCUGCAUGUCCUAGUCCCAGCCUCGCGGGGCUCGCGCGGAGUCUGCCGAACACUCACAUCGGCUAUGAUCCUUGGAUAUCCACCGCCGACAUUAAUCGGUUAUGAGCAUGAAUCUCCCGGAGCGACCGAGGCCGAGCGCAUGGUGGACCGGAUCGCACGGGUGCGGAACUACCUCCGAGACAGCAAGACCGUGCAUGACCGGGACUUCGUGCUGAUGGUGGAUGGAGCAGAUAGCUUCUUCCAAUUGCCACCUAAAGUACUAGUAGAGCGGUUUCAGGCCAUCCUAAGGGCGAACAACCGAAAGCUGCGGGACAAGUUCGGGUUCGCAGAACUGAGGGGCCAAAAGCCUGGUGCUGCGCCUGAGAUGGUACAGAAAUACACCCAGCGCGUUCUUUUUGGUGCAAGCAAGAUUUGCUACCCCGGAUUGCUGGACGACCCCGGUUGUGUGUCUGUCCCCGAAUCGUCUCUACCUCCUGAUGUGUAUGGCUGGAAGACUGAUGUCUACCCGGAUGGAUCUCUGAACCGACCCCGGUGGUUGAACCCCGGAGCAGUGAUUGGUCAGGCUGCGGAUCUGCGUCUGAUCUACGAUGAGGUCCUGCGGCUAGUCGAGUUGCGCUCGAACAGGUCUGGAGAUUACAAGGCCCUAACACAGAUGUACGGACGACAAGAGGUGAUCAGAGAACUAGAGCGGCGGCGAACAGCCAACGACUUCAAAGAGUUGCUCUACCAGAUGGUGGGCAUCUCCGAUGCAGCAAACAUCACCGGAAUCAACCUCCGGCUGGAAACAGGUCACCGCUACGAGUACGGCAUUGGCGUCGACUUCGAGUCACAACUCUUCUUCAGCCAGAUCAUGUCCCGUAAGGACGUUGAGUGGGUCAAGUUCGGCAACAUCACCAAAAUGUCCGCGUUGCAGAUGGAACACGGCGUCCCGCGCGAACACCGUCUCCUCCUACCACAGGACAUCGCAGCGCUCCCCAACCCAUUUGUCCAGUCCCGCUUCGCGAAAGAAUCAACCCAGCGACCAGUAUGGAAUGCCACGCUGGACAAACUCCCGAACCCGCGCGAGCGCACCUGGCACAACAUCUCGCUAAUGACGAAUGUUCACUCCGCCUCGGUGCCAGUACUCGCCCAUCUCAACGGCGACCCCAAGCUCCGCAACACCUGGUGGGAGAAUAUGUGGUUUUUCCCAUGGGGUCGCGCCCUACUGCGCAAAUAUGUCCGCGACUCGCACGGGUUCGACGCGGCUCAGUCGUCGCUGCUGGGCGGGCAGGACUGGCUGCAGGUGCGCGGAGGUCGAGGUGGGAUCUGGACCGAUGACGAGAGCUGGGUCACUCUUUCCGAGGUCUGCAAUGGCCAAGAAAGAGAUCUCUUCGACGAUGACCUCGGACCAUGGGCUAAGGAAAAUGGUGACCCAGAUGAACCGGUUUACAACCAGUAUGGAAGUCUCAUUGCUGGGAAGGAAGAGAAAUUUGAUUGA